AUGGAGUCAGUAGUCGCCGUCCACACGAACGAGGGCAGCCCAGCAGCGCAAUCUGCUCUGGCCGCGCUCGCAGCCACUCUGAACAUCAACGAGCACGCGCUGAAGACGGCUCUCAAUGGCGCGUUCGAUCUACUGCCCGCGGCCGCAGGUAAUACAAUGCUUGCGCUGCAAAUGAGCUUUCAACGGCUGUCGUACCACAUUGACAGCAAGGCUUUGGUCGAGAUUAUCAUGACAUUUCGACGAGAAUUCGGCGGCGCUCUGAGUAUGGAACGAGGCCACCAAGGUCCUAUAAUGGCUAGUCAGAGGAACGAGGCGCCCUCGGUACUUCCAGGCGGUCCAUAUUUCGGUCGGUAUCAUAUCAUGGCCAAUAACUCGAACUCCGACAGCCCCAAUCACGAAGAACCUUCUGGUGGUGCUGGAUAUCGCCCCCUGAAAUACCUGGACGAGUCUCUGUUCCCCAACAACGACGGGGACUUUGCACCUUCAUUCAUGCAGCCACAUGGACCAGCCAGUCGCCUACACACUCGACCCCCAGCGGCAAAUCCACCCCCAUGGGAAGACCCGGCUCAGGCUUGGCGCAACAAUGGUGAAUUCGUGUUCACCGGCUGGAACGACGAAGCCAAGCGAGAGCUCUUCAUGUGGAAAGUAAAGCGCAAGAAGGGCUACCCUUUCUUUUUGCAUCUCUUUCCCGGUGAGACUGCGGAUUCACUACACGAGGCGUUCAAGUUGUACAAAAAUGAAGGAGAGCGUUUGUUGAACGGAUAA